AUGCGCAUUGGCCUUAAACAGAUGAAUGUGGAUGCUGGCCAUGAGCGACUGAUGGACAUCUCUGACAUGGCUUCUCCAAAUUAUGGGAAGCACAUGACUGCUGAGGAGGUCAUUGACUUUUUUGCUCCUCACGAGUCAACUGUCACGACCGUCAUAGACUGGAUAGUAGGGAGUGGCAUCGCAAGAGAGCGCGUUAGCCAGUCGGUUAACAAGCAAUGGAUCCAAUUCGAUGCCACCGCCGAGGAGGCUGGGGACCUACUUAUCACGGACUUUUACUACAAUAUGCCUAAUGGCACGACCGCCGCGGCCGGCAAUGAGCUCGGAAUCUUCGAGCAUCUUGACCAGCAUUACAGCCGUGUUGACUUGGAUCAUUUCUUUGCGACUCUCUAUCCAUACAUUCCCUCCGGAUGGUACCCCAUCGAGGACUUGAUUGAUGGAGCCGUAGGAGCAGUCGAGGACCCUUCUGAAAUUCCGGCAUCCUAUGGUCUGGAGGCAUCCUUGGAUUUCGAUGCUGCUAUGCCACUUAUCUAUCCUCAGACUGCCGUCCUGUUCCAGGAAGAUGACGAGUACUACGAGUCAACUGGUGAUUUUGUCGGCUUCUGGAAUACGUUCCUCGAUGCGAUUGACGGCAGUUAUUGCACAUACAGCGCUUAUGGCGAGACAGGGGACUGUGUUGAUCCCGCAUGUGCUGACCCUGUCUAUCCUGACCUACAUCCCGGCGGUUAUAAGGGUGCUCUGCAAUGUGGCGUCUACAAGCCAACCAACGUAAUUUCCAUCUCGUAUGGCGCUUGGGACUACCCGGACAACUACAUGAAGCGUCAAUGCGACGAGUGGAUGAAGUUAGGUUUGCAGGGCGUUACUAUUGUUGUUUCGAGUGGUGACGACGGUGUUGGCGCCGAUGAGUACUGCUAUCCUGGGCCUGAUGGCCUCAUUUUUGAGCCCACAGAAGCUAGCGAGUGCCCAUAUGUUCUCUCAGUCGGCUCCACUCAAUUUGACCGGUACAAUACCUCUGCGCCGCCGACGCCGUGGGAGAAGUUGAACGAGAUUGCCACCACUCGCUUUGCUUCUGGUAGUGGUUUCUCCAACGUCUUUGGCGUUCCCAGCUGGCAGAAGUCCGCGAUCAAUGGUUACUUUGCCCAGGUCGACCUCCCGUUUUCCGCCUAUCACCACUACGUUAUUGACAAUGAUUUCACCUCUGUCAAAGGCGGGGUCUUCCACCACGGUGGCCGUGCUUAUCCUGACAUCGCCGCCAUCGGCGAUCGCCAGGUCGUUCUGCAGGAGGGCGUAUGGUAUCGCGUCGGUGGCACGUCGCUCUCGGCCCCUGUGGUUGGCUCCAUUCUAACACUGGUGAAUGAACGCCGCAUUGCAGCGGGCAAGAAGUCCGUCGGUUAUCUUAACCCUACCUUGUAUGCACACCCUGAGGUCUUUAACGAUAUCACGGUUGGAAGCAGCCCUGGCUGCAAUUCGACGGGAUUUGUCUGUGCUUCUGGUUGGGAUCCCGUGUCAGGCCUCGGAUCGAUCAAUUACCCGGAGUUUGAGGCGCUUCUUUUGAGCCUUUAA